CAAGUCUGCGAGUCGGCCAUCGCUCAGGAGCUGAGAGCCUUCGUCCGGCGCGGUGGUGGUGGAUUUCAGUCGCGAGUUCUCGAGGAUGCGAAGAAUGAGGGCUGACGAUUCGAUUCCUCUUUGAUGGUGGCUCGGGCUACUGCUACUUCGCUCGGAAUCACGGCCGGGGGAGGACGAUGAAGCAGCAGACACGGAGUCUUGGAAGUCAUCGGAACGUCCGAUCAGCAGCCAAUGGCUCGUCCUCUGAAGACCCUUUCCCUGCAUUACCUGCUGUAUAAUGAUGACAGAACGGGGAUUGCAUCGAGUCGUUGAAUUUGGUGUGGUUUUGUAUUAGAGGACGAAAGGAAUCGAAGAGUGGCGUGCGUUGGGGAUGUGCGUUGCCUCGGACCUACGGUAUGAUCUUUAUGAGAGUUCAGGGGAUGGCGGAAGUAUGUCGGUUGAUCGAUCACAUAAGCGGCAAGAAGUAAUUCGUCUUCUCACUCCAGAUUCCCCGAGACAAUGUUCUUUUAGUGAAGUGAAUUUGAACUAUUGCUUGAGCUCCAGAGGAACUCAGAAAUCUUGCCCUGACGAGACAGCCGGGUGGCCAGUUCAUUCGUAUAUUAUUUGGAGAGGAUACUUGUGAUCUUAUUUAAGUGCGAGCCACCGCCGCAAGCUAAUCUCCCUAGGCGAGUGCACGGAGGUCAAGAUGCUGAUUCCGUUAAAAUGCUCGUGUGGCGAUUGUCAAGAGUGGGCGAUGAUCGAGCUUCAAGGUUCAAUCGAAAUUCAGCAGUCUGGGCUCCUGGAAAAGAUACAGGCUUUGACUAUCGGUACUUUGUGUAAACGGGCUGGGGGUAAGUUCACAUUUACUGUAGGAUAUCAUGAACUAGAGGGCUUGCAAGUCGCAUUGAAGAAGCCUCUACUCAUUCUGAAGUCAAGGACACAAGAGAUACAAGAUGAGAACUCAAUGGAAGUCGAUUCGACAGGAAAUGUGUCUAAACAGGAGCCGAGAGCGGAGCUGCAAGUCAUAGGCAUCAUAAGGCACAAACUUCUCUUCAAAAGCAGGCCAAAAGCCCUCAUAAGCAAACCCGAAGUGAAGGUGAAAGGACGAGUGAAGGGCUAAGCUUCAUCCUGCGGAUCGGGUGGAGAAAACACUUACAAAGUCUAACUUCAGAUCUUUUGAGGUUAGACUUUGUGUGAUAUUAUUCUUUAUCGGAGAUGUACUGAGACCACACCUCUCUGCCACCCAUGCAUGAAAGGUUGUUUAGAAUGUCGAUCUGGAUUGUUCAGCCUUGAGAAUAUUGGUUCAAAUACUGCCCUUCGACGUAGGUGGACCCAUAUGUUUUUAAGUUACAGACUCCUGGAUGCAUCGUUUCGCUAGCUUCUACCUAACGAGAAAUGUCAUGGUGUAAGCAACAUAGAGGGCGCGACAACCGCCUUAAAGAGGACAUGGCUCCAAAAGGAUAUCGAAACAGCUUCACGCUUUAAAGCUUCAACACUUAAAGUCUCAGCUAAGUCCAGGACAGAAGGACGGGACUGCCCGAGUCAUUACCUCUUGGCACCCCCUGAUGAAAAAGGCAGAUUUCAGCGAACAAUAUAGCAAGAACAACAGUGUUAUACAGUAUUAGAUGCGCGAAAGCUAAAACUGCCCUUUGUCCGUCAUUUUCGUGCGCACUUCACUGUCACUUUCGAGCACCAUCCACAUUACUUUUAAUAAAAUAAACAAACGAUCGAAUCAAUUCAGGUUUACAAGAGUCGAACUGCCCAGAGUGAAGCGCGUUGCAGCGAAGGUCAUUGGAGACGCUGCUGCUCUCUCAUCUUCUCUUUGCAUUCGUAAGAACUAAUUAGGAAGACAAUCAGCCUAGAGAUGACCUGAUAGCUGCACGAUUUGAAUUUCAUACCUGGAUCCGCCACAGACCAGCAUUGUUGGAGAUAACUUGGAGGACGAUCGUGCGUUAGCUGAAAUGGAGAACUUGAUAACACGAAACUUAUUCUAGUGUUCCACCAUGUGCUGAAAGAGGUGCAUGGAAUGAUGAGUACGAAAGGCGUCUGAGUAAUAUUCUGCAGGCACAGUUUUGGACUCCAGAUGAGGGUGCGACAGGCCCACGAGCAUGGCAGAGAAGAGAGCGCCCUCAACUCCGGCUAAGCAAGAUGUAGCGGGAGGUAGAAGUCCCACAAUGUCUCAGACAGAUACCGCAUAAAACUCUCAUAGGGGGGUUUACGGCCACUGUACUGCUGUAUUGAUAGUUCUAUAUUAUCAGUUGUAAUAGUGUAGGGUCCGACCAGGAUGGGUAUAUGACAAGUUGCCCAUGCAGUAAUUUAUCACCGAAGGUGGUUCCAUUAAAACGACUGUUGCACGGCAUCCUCCAGCAUGUCGGAAUCCACUUUUUGGAUAAAUUGUUCACUUGUCUAUAACUUCUGACCUACAAGUAUUUGUUGGGUCGGGAGGAU